AUGGGGACCCCAUCUCCAACUUCCCUUUUUAUUCUAAUAAUUUCUCCUCUCUUUUCUUGUACUUCUUUUUCUCUUCUUUCUUUUUGUUCUUUCUCUGACAAUAUACCAAAGUGUAAGAAAUUUAGAGGUGUUAGGCAACGUCAUUGGGGUUCUUGGGUUUCGGAAAUUCGUCACCCUCUAUUGAAGAGGAGGAUAUGGCUUGGGACGUUUGAGACAGCGGAGGAAGCGGCCAAAGCGUACGACCAAGCUGCGGUUUUGAUAAGUGGUCGGAACGCCAAAACCAAUUUCCCUACUUCUUCUUCUUCCAAUGGAGAGACUAUCAACAAUAUUGUUACAACAGCCAAGGAUUCACCAAAGGGUUUGUCUGAAAUAUUACAAGCUAAGCUCAAGAAAUGCUGCCGUACUCCAUCACGGUCGAUGACAUGCUUGAGGCUCGACACUGAGAAUUCCAACAUUGGUGUUUGGCAGAAACGUGCUGGGCAACAGUCGACAUCCAACUGGGUUAUGACGGUCGAGCUAGGAAACAAGAAGAGGGUAAGUAAUGAGAACGAGAGCGAGAACGAUAAUAAUGCAGAUUCUCAUAUGAUGGCUGACGUUGCUUCCGAUCAUCAGUCUCCAGUUGUGGAAGUGGUGGAAGUGGCGGAGAUUCCGUCGGAGUUGGAUGAAGAAGAGAAAAUGUUAGCAUUGCAAAUGGUAGAGGAACUGCUUUACAUCAACUUUGAUCCUGCUGAGCCAUUUGAGAUUCAACAAGGAAAGGAUAUUAAUUAUCUUUAGUUAAUUUGAUGGUAAUUAAGAUGCCUACAUAUUUAUAUUAACUAAUUCUCUGCUGUUAAUCAAAGUUGUAAUCUUUGGGAACAUGCAAUAAUGUACUAUGAGAAAACAAAUGAAAAUAUAUACAUCAAUAAUAUAAUUAUCUAUACCUCUCCAUAGUACA